GCUACGUUUCAGGAGGUAGGAGGUAGGAGGGCAAGGUUGUUGGAGUUAUUUUCCGGGCAGCGGGUUUGUUAGUUAUGGUACAGGAAAACAUCAGCCUUGAAACAUAGUUAUGAUUGUUACAAGGAUUACCGAACGAAUCAGCGACAGUGCAAAUGCCAAUUAUCUGAUUCAAAAUAUCUCGUGAACGCUUAGCACUUCUAAGAACGUUCCAGACAGUGACCUUGACACUACUUCAAGUCUGACUUGAUUUAGUGAGUGUCUCUUACAGGAACCAUUUUAGUCUACCGCGCUUUACAAUCUUUCUUUACAGAAGAACAGUGUUAAAAAGUGGGAGUCCAUUAGUAUUGUCUGGAUACAGCACGAAAAAUAAAUAUUCUUUUAAUUUCCAUUUUACACACCCACUGUGCUUUGUCAGCAUCUGACUCAUAGCCUAAAACGAUCAGAACAAAAACUUGAUACAGAUGAUUACAUAAAUAUUGUCCACGAACAGGCUUACAGAUGAGAUUAUAUUUCAAUCACCGCCUUUCUUUCGCAGAUUUAGCCGGCCGCACGCGCGUGUAAUCUCUAUGGUCAACGUAUCUGCAGCGAUAUAUAGAGCAAACGAGAAAACAAUUAACCAAAUUUGAAUAAGGGAAGAGAAAGAUCAAAACGGAAAACUUGAAAUGGAAAAGGGAAAACGUGCGGUUAGCACUGCCUGACCGGCGGAAGUCUGCCCCAGAAGUGUCAGUUGUUUCCGGGUCAUGUGUUAGAACAACAGCCAACUGUACAUAACACUUACGCGACGUGCUUGUAGCAGAUAUAAAGUACUUACGUAAUGAAUGAUUUGAUUCGCACGCGUGAACUCGCUGAAUAAUUUAACGAUGACAAUCUUGUCAAUUGACGAGGGUACGAUUUGUGGAAAGCAUUCAAAAGAGUUGGAGAGAAUUUGAGAAGAGAUAUUGACCAGACAUUUAUGCGUUUAUGUGCUGAAGAAACCAGGGCACUGAAAGCAUCGAUAUAAAUGUUUGUUUGAUUGUAACGCAUUAUGGAUGCGAACAAGCUCUGAAAGGUUCACGCAAGAUAUUGGAAGUUUUCACUGCUAGGGUACUAUUAGGUGCUUACUAUGAGUUGGAAAAGUCUUUUGCAGAACGCACUUCCAAUUACAGUUUUGUUAUUAGCAACCUUCGACCUUGGAGAAACUGCGUUAUCACCCUGCACAAGCAACGUAAACGCAGUUCUUUCAUUGCCGUGUAAGUUUUCACCGGGAAUUCAUUCUUACACGACACUGACUAUCAGCACCGAAAUUUUCUUAGAGACAAACUCGAGCUCUUCGCAGCAUGUUUUUAAUGUCUCUCAGACGGUUGACAUUCAAACCAAGGCAAUUUUAAUCCUCGAUUACAACAGGGUGAGCGGCAGCAAUCACGGCGCUGGUGUAAAUGGAGGCAGUGGCAGCUCUGGAGGUAGCUACGGUGGAAGAGCAGGAGCUGCGUCUAACACGCCAUUAUCUGCAUCUCAGUCUGAAGCGUACGGCAGCGCCUUCGCCGUAGACCAGCCCGGGAGUUGGGGUGGUGGUGACCCCAGCUCGCGUGGAAAAGGAGGGGGAUACCUAAAGAUGUACGCUCGUAAGCUCAUACUUGACGGAACAGUGCAGGCAAACGGAGGGCGCGCGCAGCUGAAUGAUGGAGGCGGUAGUGGAGGCGGCGUUUCCAUACACUGUUUCGAAAUCGAUGGCAACGGCAGAGUGGAAGCAUCUGGAGGGAUGGGAAGUGGCAAAGGAGGUGGUGGUAGUGGAGGAAGGAUCUCAGUGCAGUAUCAACAUGGAUCCUUUGGUGGCCAAGCACAAGCGUACGGUGGGAAAACAGAAAAUGAAGUGAGCGCACAGGGCGUGGCAGCAGGUUCUACAACCUUAUCUGCAAAUUCCGUAAAGACGAUCAAUCGGAACCCUCCUUUAUCCGACAUUGUCUACUCUCCCCAACAUGCCAAAUUAAACUACCAAGGGGGCAACGGAGGGUGGAUGCCAGUGACCAAUAAUAUUGGAACCGAAUGGUUGCAGGUUCAGCUGUCCAAGGAGGCUUACAUAACUGACGUAGCUACUCAAGGCCGCUACUUAGGCACCCAAUACACCAAGUCGUACUCACUGCAGUAUCUCGAUCCUGAUAUUUCGCCAGCAACAUGGAGAGACGUUAAGGAGAAUGGUGAAGUGAAAACUUUUGCAGGAAACACUGACACGAACACAGUAAAGAAAAAUGCUCUUCCGGCGGAGGUAUACACGAAAGCAAUUCGCUUUUAUCCCAAGUCAUACAACGUUGGAAUCGCGCUAAGAGUGGAACUUUAUGGAUACCCAGCAGAUCUUUCCAGCAAUCCUGGUUGCACUUAUGUACUUCCUGAAGGUAAGCAUCCUUCGGAUAUAAAGUUUAUGCGAGCUGCACAAAAGUUACCUUUACCUACAAAGUCGAUGACAUUUGCUCUUUACGUAAGAAGUCGAUAGUUUAUUAGUGAUACUUUGAUUGUUGCGAUCGGUAGACAUUGAUUAUUUGACUUAAAUAUAUCCGAUCUGUAGGUUUUUUGUUCACUGAAUUUUCAGUGGCAUCUGUCCACCUUCAUCAGAGUGAAAAAUGGACGUUCGUUAUAACGUAGCUGGCUUUUUACGCGUUUGAACACGCGCGAAGAGUUAAAACUGGAAACAAAGGAGAAUAAGCGCGCUGAAAGACUUUUCUUUCAUUCACCGCGUUUGCGUCCAUCGUUGAGUGCCACGACUCUAAAAGAGUUUCUAAUUCCUCGUUCGAGGAUCGUGGGGUCUCGUGGGUGGAUGUCAUGAUCAGUUCUUUGCGCGUGUUGUUUUAUCGCUAAUUCUCCGUUGCAAGCGCGGCCAAGAUCGUGUUCGGCUCCGAAUAAGCUCCAUGAGCGCUUACUUUCACCUGGCUUCUUUUUUUUUCUAGCUUCACUCAGGUGAAGUCCAUGACCUAACUUCGUGUGACUUGCCCUGUGAUCUCGACAGCAAAUUUGCCCCAAAAGUCAUAGUCUAUGCUAAGAGAAAUUGGUACUAUUUUCUUGUUUCCCUCCUUACUGGGAAGCUUUCAUCUGGUAAUUCCCCUUCCAAAAUCGUGCCACACGAACAAUAUUUGACUAAUAUAGACGAAGGAAAAUUAGUUGUUGAACUACAUACAAUCGUGGACAAAAGUCCUUGGGACACUUAUGUAAUGUAACGAA